CGAAUACGUUAAUUGUUAAGUGUUAACAAUCCUCUGAAGUCUGAAAUUAGUACCUACAGAUUGUAAAAAAAGUACAAUUGUUGUAGUUGUAAUAAUUAUUUAUGUACGUCCAUUGUACAUCAGAAUAAAAGUCAUCUAAUUCAUAAGAUUGUAAGCUAUAAAAUUGUAAACGUUUUCAUAGUUCAUACUUCAUAAAUAAAAUGAUUGUGAUUGAUAAACAUUCCAAACUCAAAGGUCAAAGUCAAACUUUAGCAAAGAGACUGAAAACUUAAAAAUAGUUUCUGUAACUUGUAAAACUUUAUUGUUUGAUUUGUAAAGUGCAAAGAAUUGAAAUUUCCCAUACAAUGGCUUUGCGAGGUAUUAAAGUUAUAGAAAUGUUGGGACUAGCUCCAGGACCGUUCUGUGGGGCAAUUUUAUCUGAUUUUGGGGCUUCAGUGACCGUCGUUCAAAAGAUUGAAUCUUCACCUGUUAAUGUUUUAUCUAAUGGUAAAAGAACAAUUUCAUUAAAUUUGAAAUCUAAAGAGGGCAUUGACAUAUUCAAGAAGUUAUGUGCUGAAUCUGAUAUAUUGAUAGAUACUUUCAGACCAGGUGUAUUGGAAAAAUUGGGUCUUGGCCCUACUCCCCUUAUAGAAAAGAAUCCUAAACUUAUAUAUGCAAGACUAACAGGUUAUGGACAAGACGGGAAUUACAAAGAGAAAGCAGGGCAUGAUAUAAAUUAUAUUGCCAUGUCUGGUCUACUAUCUAUGCUUAGUAAGAACCAACAGCCACCACAUCCACCUAUUAAUAUUGUUGGAGAUUUUGCUGGUGGUAGCCUUAUGUGUUCUCUUGGCAUUUUGUUAGCCCUGUUUGAAAGGGCCAAAUCUGGAAAGGGGCAAGUGAUUGAUGCAAGCAUGACUGAAGGAGCAGCUUAUUUAGGAACAUGGCUAUUUAAGUCACAAAAUUUACCUAUAUGGACUGGAGAGCCUGGAACAAAUGCUUUGGAUGGUGGACUGCCAUGUUAUGCUACUUAUAAGACCAAGGAUAAUAAAUUUAUGGCUGUUGGUGCUCUGGAACCUCAAUUUUACUCUAACUUUUUAAGAGGAUUACAGCUAUCUGAAGAGACACACUCUCAGAUAGACAUUGGAUGUAAAAAUGAAAUUGAAGAAAUAUUUUCCACAAAGACCCAGCAGGAAUGGUGUGACAUUUUCAAGGAUUUAGAUGCUUGUGUCACACCUGUGCUUGAUAUAAAAUCAGUUGAUGAUCAUGAAUGUAACUCCUCUCGUAAGUCUUUCUAUAGAGACCAUGAUAACUUGGUUGUGCCUGAACCUGCACCUAGAUUAUCUUCCACUCCUGGAGUAUCAAGUGGUAAACAAAAACCACCUAAACAUGGACAUCACACUAUUGAAAUACUACAAGAGUUAGGUUACAGCAAGGCUGAAAUAAAUGAUUUUAUUGAGAAGAGUGUGGUGUGUGCAAAAGCAAAGUCAAAUUUGUAAUGAGUCUAAUCACUUUAAUUUAUAAAAUGUUCAUUUCAUGUAAUAAUUUUGAUAUUUCUUAUGAAUCAAAAAUCUUCUAUUCAAUCACUUCAAUAUAUUAUGAAUAUUGUUUUUCAUAUGUAAUAAUUUUGUAAGUAUGUUCUGUGAUAUAAGUUUGUUUGUCAGCAAUGGAUGAUUUUCUAAGAAUUGAAUAAUUUUUAAUAUUUUGUAAAGAUCAAAAGUAACAUGAUUCUUCUGUAAGGUGUAAGUGUUGAAGAGUAUACAUAUAUUUCCAUUUAGAUGAUUUAUUCUUUUUUGUGCAAUGUGGACAAGGAACUUUAUAAAUAUUUCAAAAUCCAUACCAAACACAGAUUUCAGUAUUAAUUGACACUGUGAUAUAAAAUCUGGAGUUUCUUUGAACUCACCAAUUUCAUUUUCUACAGAAAUUAAAUUAUCUUCUAGUGAUCUCCACACAAAUUCCACAUUACAAGAAUUUAUGAAAUUAUGAUUUAUAGAAAUAGUGUCCAGUGAAUUAAAAACUUGAUGAUGCCACCCUGAUGGGACAAAAAUACCAUCCCCUGUUUCUUGGAUAACCUCAUAAUACUUUACAUCUUUAUGUUUAUUUGGAUCAAACAGCAGUGGUAGAUUUCCGAGAGAAUCUUUUAAUUUUGCCUCUUCACCAGGUGGAAGUACAAUCCAUUUCUUUCUGCCAAAUACAUUAACUGACCAACUGUAUGAUGAAUAAACAUCAGCAUGGAAAGGUGUCCUGAAAGUAUCAGUAGCUAAUUAAGGAAUGUAUAAAUAUUGUAAUAUAUAAGUGGAAGCAUUUUUUAUUCAUGUUGAUAAUAUAUUGGGACCAGUGGGCUUAAAGUUAAAUAAAUUCUAACAUUUUUA